AUGCCUGCAGCACACCCCCAGUUCAAGGUCAUCAUAGUUGGUGGCUCUAUUGCGGGUCUCACACUUGCCCAUUGCCUUCAACGCGCGAACAUCGAGCACAUCGUCCUUGAAAAAGGCAAUGAUAUUGCACCACAGCUAGGCGCCUCGGUAGGUAUCAUGCCAAAUGGAGGUCGUGUUCUUGAUCAAUUAGAUCUUUUCAAUGCUGUCGAGAAGGUUAUUGAGCCUACCUACACAGCUCAUAUCACGUAUCCUGAUGGGCUCACCUUCACCAAUGUGUAUCCCAAGACUUUACAUGAAAGAUUUGGCUAUCCAAUUGCCUUCCUAGACCGACAGAAGUUCCUACGCAUCCUAUACGAACGAUAUCAUGCCAAACAGAACAUCCUCACUAGCAAGAAAAUCAUUGAAGUGCAAAGGACAGAUCUGGGUGUCCGCGUUACCGCGGCCGACGGCUCGAUAUAUGAGGGAAGUCUAGUCGUUGGUGCGGAUGGAGUCCACAGUCGAAUCCGGUCUGAGAUUUGGCGACUCGCACAAAAGCUGCAGCCGGGGCUGGUCUCAAAUCGUGAACAAACUUGCAUGACGGUCCAGUAUUCGUGCGUCUUCGGAAUUUCCUCACGUAUCCCGAGCCUCGAGGUCCAUGAACAGAUCAACGGGCUUUUCGAUCACUUGUCCGUCUUGACUAUACAUGGUAAGAAUGGCCGGGUUUUCUGGUUCAUCGUUACGAAGCUCGAUAAAAAGUACACCUAUCCCGAUGUCCCAAGAUUCUCAGACAAGGAUGCUGCCAAGCUUAUCGAAAAGUUGAAGAACGUGCGGUUCUACAAGGACGUCUGUGUGGGAGAUUUAUGGGAGAACAGAGAGGUGUUCUCCAUGACUGCGCUGGAGGAAGGCUUGUUUGAGACGUGGUUCCUUGAUCGUAUGGUUCUCAUGGGUGAUAGUGCUCACAAGAUGACACCUAAUUUCGGUCAAGGCGCAAACUGCGCAAUCGAAGACGCUGCUACCUUUUCCUCGCUGCUGCAUGACCUCAUCAAUGUACGUGGGGUAUACAACCCGUCCAACGCGGAAAUCCAUGAUCUUCUCCAGAGAUACAAAGAGACUCGAUACGGCCGCAUGAAGUUGAUGUGCGAGACAUCAGCAGGAGUUUGUCGGACCCAGGCGAGAGACGGUCUUUGGAGGACCUUCACUGGCCGAUACAUCGUACCUUACUCUAGGGACCUGCCUGCCGAUUUGGCGUCGAAUGUUAUGGCCGACGCGGAAACGAUCGCUUUUUUGUCAUGUCCUGAUCGGCCAGGACUGGGUUGGCAUGCUUGGGGAAAGAAGGCUAGAAGAGCGGCUCGCAUUCGCAGGAUGAUCUGGUUGCUUGCCUUACUUUCGCUGGGACUCUUCUGCUAUUGGCUCUCUAGAAAAGACACCUCAUAGGUGGAGCUCGGCGUAUUGUUCUAUUGUUGUUGCUAAGCGAGGUGCAGAGCCACUUCAUACAGUAGAGAACCUUGGGGUCCUGUUCGACGCAGCAAUUUAGAAGGCAUCAUCAAAGAUUACAUACCUUAUCAAUUUGAGAUUUAGUUCAUGAUAAG